AUGUCUUCCAAGCACUGUCUGCCAGCACACAGCAGGAAGGCAGAGACGGCCAACGGGGUGGAGAGCUUGGAAGAUACCUUGGGUGGCAACACAGCCCCAUGGUCUGUGCGAGGAGGGGACAGAGUGGGUACCUGUGAGAAGUCCCUCCCCCAAGUGCCAGGACUCCUCUGGCCUGCUCCGCUCCCCGCAACUCCUGCUCCCCGGGACCCCACCCCAUCCUCCCCGACCCUGCUCCCUCUCCCACGACCCCUGUCCCAUCCCCCUGACCCCCGCCCCGUCUACUAUGACCCCGCCGCGUCCCCCACGACCCCUGUCCCGUCCCCCACGACCCCACCCCGUCCCCCACGACCCCGCCGCGUCCCCCACGACCCCUGUCCCGUCCCCCACGACCCCACCCCGUCUCCCACGACCCCUGUCCCGUCCCCCACGACCCCGCCCGCCAGCGCGAGAAAACAGGAAGUGGCGGCGCUGGAAGUGCAGGAAGCGGCGGCGGGCGCGGCACUUAUCUCGGGCCGCAGCCCGGACCUCUGGCCUCAAGCCGGGCAGGGGGCGCCAGGGGCGGCCCAGGGACAGGGACUGCUCACCUGGUGGGGAGCCCCGGCCGCCUCUUCCCCCGACCGCAGCUGUCAAAAUCGGGCCAGGCCAGGCGGGGAGGCUGCGAGGAAGCCCGUGUCGGGACCUCCCGACGGGAGCGAGGCCGGAAGGCGACCCGGGAACCCGCGUCCAGCCCCAGGGCUGCCCACCGCCCCAGCGCACGCGGCUCUGCCCUGCCCCCAGAGGCCUGACCUCCUCAUUUCCCCCAAAACAAGGACUCACUUCCCCCAGCAGGAUGGGGGCUGUCGCUGGGCCUCCCCUAGGGUCCUGAAGGCACUGGCAGAGACAAUGGGCCCCAGCACCUGGCAUCCCCCCACCAGUGAGUAUGUGUUUCCUGGAGUUGGGGGGACUUGUUUCCGAGUCAGCCACAGCUGGAGCAGGGGGGCCUCCCUGCACACCUGCAGGGCUCAGAGCUCACACAAGGCCAGGCACCUCCCAGGUCGGGGUGCAGCUGUUUCCUCCGAGGACCACUCACACUGCCCCCCAGCCAUCUCCAGCCACGGUGUGGUGGUCUGUCCUGUCUGCUCACAGGGCCUGGGUAUGGCAGGUACUCAGACAACAUCCAUCUUUCCCACCACCUCCCUCUAGUCAGCUUCAGCAAAAUUCCCAGGCUGGGGUGGGGGCCGGUGGCGGUGGUGGGGGAAGGUGCUUUGGGAGACCAUGAGA